AUGGUUCUGUCAAAAUAUACUGCAAAUUUAUUUCAGAUCUUUGAUCCCAGCUUGAAGAAAAAGAAAAAGAAGAAGACUGGGUUUAAUCUUGAUGCAGCCUUAGCAGAUAGCAGUGGCACCCUUCCUGUUGAACCUGCACCCACUCCAGAAAAUGGAGAAGUUCCUGAAGUCAAGGAGAGCACACCUGAAACAGAUGAUAUGGAAAUGUUUGGAAAAAAGAAGAGUAAGAAGAUGAAGAAAAAAAUGUUUAAUUUAGAUGAGUUAAGUGAAGCAUUGCCAGAGACUAAGGAAAGUGGCGUUACUUCUGGAGAUGAUCGGGAUCCUGUCACAAUUCAACCAGCUGAAGUUGAUGACUUUGAUCUUGACAUGGACUUCAGUAAAGCCAAGAAGAAAAAGCCUAAAAAGAAAAAGGGGCUAGUUGACCUCAUUGCUAAAGAUGAAUCUGUAAUAGACAGCGAUGACAAAGAAUUAGAUAUGGAAACCGAUGGAACUCGAGAACCAGGCCUCGUAAAUAUUGAGGAGGAGUCUCUUGUGUGUGAAGAAAUACGUGAGACUGGGGAUGGAUGGUUAGGUAGUGAACGUGAUUACACGUAUGAUGAAUUAUUGGAACGUGCAUUUAAUCAACUCCGAGAAAAAAAUCCAGAGAUGGCUACAGGUGAAAAGAAAAAGUUUGUCAUGAAACCACCACAGGUUGUGAGGAUUGGGUCAAAGAAAACAGCUUUUGCCAACUUUGCAGAAAUAUGUCGGCUCCUUCACAGAAUGCCCAAACAUGUAUUGCAGUUUCUCCUUGCUGAAUUGGGUACAUCAGGAAGUAUUGAUGGUAGUAAUCAGUUGAUCAUCAAAGGACGAUUUCAGCAAAAACAGAUAGAAAAUGUACUUAGGAGAUACAUUAAAGAAUACGUAACAUGCCACACAUGCCGAUCACCAGACACGAUCCUCCAGAAGGAUGCACGCCUCUAUUUUCUUCAGUGUGAACAGUGUAAUUCCAGGUGUUCUGUUGCUCCCAUUAAGUCUGGUUUCCAGGCUGUGGCCAAUAAGCAACAGAGACAGGCCAUCAGAGCAAGCAAAAAUUAGGUGACAACAUUUAGCAUAAAUUAUUUUCAUUAUAUAUUUUACAUUUAGACAGUUUUAUAUUUGUAAACAAAACUCAAUCACUUCUAUCUCAACAAACCUGGGUGUGGAUAUUUAUCAGAAUGUAAAUUAAUUUUCAAGUUUUGUAUGGAAUAAAGUAUAUUUAGGUAUAUUGAUGUUGCUUUUGAUUUCCAAAUGGUUAACGGUUAACUUGCAUGCGAUUCAAGGGUGGGUUGAGAUUUUCUUUGGGGGGGGGGAAGGGGGCUUUCCAUUGUCAAAAGUCUUUGAACCAUUAUAUUAAAUGUAAUAAUGAGGAAUUCAUAUAUCUAAUUUGUAAUUGUUAGAGCAGUAAAUGGUGUGUUUUAAGGGAAAACUUGUUUAAUUUUUAAGGGGAAAAAUUAUUUGAUUUUUGUCUUUCAUGAUAAGUUUGUUGGUUCUGCUGUAUGACAUGCAAGAGGAAAUAACCCUGAAGGUUAGAUAUUUUAAACUUUUUUAUUUUUUUCUUCUUUUUUCUUUUUUUAUUAUUAUUAUUAUUUUAUUCAGAAGUGCAGCAAUAGCAUAAAAAAAGUUUUUUUUAGUCAAACUAUCCCCAAUAUGCUAGUAUAAUCCCAACUGAGUGUAUAUUGUUUUUGAGAAACCAUAAAGUAGGCUGAUCAUACAGAUGCCAUGCUGCAGUAGGUUUAACUUGGUAACUUUAUACCUUACUAAUGUAAUCCCUAAAUAAAUAUCUAGCCAUUUUUGAGAUGUACAUUUUGGUAUUUUUUUUAAACAAUUAAAACUUCAAUAUUUGGAUUUUAGUCAUAUUUCCAAAUUGUACAUAUUGUUUCCAGAUAGUUUUCCAAUUUCUCGUGUAACUAUACUUGCUUUAAAAGAUCUUUAUUAGCCCCA